AUGAAGUGGGAAACUAUAAUCCUUUCUCCUACACCUUCUUCUCCAAACUCCAACACCAAUUGGUUGGUUGAAAAUAAUAGGAGCACAAAAUGGACCCCUGAAGAGAACAAACUCUUUGAAAAUGCUCUUGCAGUACAUGAUAAGGACACCCCAGAUCGGUGGCACAAAGUGGCUGAAAUGAUUCCAGGAAAGACUGUGGUUGACGUGAUCAGGCAGUACAAGGAACUAGAAGUUGAUGUUAGCAAUAUAGAAGCUGGGUUGAUUCCAGUUCCUGGCUAUAGCACUGCUACCUCACCCUUCACCUUAGAUUGGGUGAACACUCCUGGUUAUGAUGGGUUCAAAGGAAGUGGAAAGAGAUCAUCCUCAGUGAGACCUCAUGAGCAGGAGAGGAAGAAAGGAGUGCCUUGGACUGAAGAGGAACAUAAAUUGUUUCUACUGGGUCUGAAGAAGUAUGGGAAAGGUGAUUGGAGAAAUAUUUCUCGCAAUUUUGUGAUCACUAGAACCCCAACACAGGUGGCUAGCCAUGCUCAGAAAUACUUCAUAAGGCAACUUUCAGGAGGCAAAGACAAGAGAAGGGCUAGCAUACAUGACAUAACAACAGUGAAUCUCACUGAAACCACCACAACUUCUUCAGAAGACACCAACAGAUCCACUUCAUCACAUGUGCUUUCACAGCAGCAGCCAAAUUCUACUCCAACUACACCCAGAACUCAUUUUCAGUGGAGUAAUCAGUCAGCCACAGGAAUAGCUAUGACUUUCAACCCUGCUCAUGAAAGAGUCUUCAUGUCUCCUUAUGGUGCUAACACCUUUGGGGUUAAAAUGGAAGGACAGAAUCUGCACAAUGAGUCUUCUUACUUGGGACCUCAGACACAGAACAUGGUUUUCCAAAUGCAGCAGCCGUCACAACACUAG